GUUCACCAAACACCACGAAUGAAGGUGUUUGCAUUGGGACUCGAUGAGAAUCAGAAGGCCGACCGCGCCGCCGAUGACAUCAAAGAAUCAAAAAUCCCGAUUGAUUCUGUGACUUCUGGAGUGCCACUUCAAUCGACAUCGCCAACUAUUGUGUUGGCCAAGUCGCCGAGACGCAAAUUCAGCGGAUUCACUUGUGGAUUACUUUCCUGGUUCAUCGGAGCUUGCUGUCUCGUCCUUCUCUGCCUUGCAAUCUCUGAAGUCGCCUAUCAUCGCCAACGAGAUCAAGCAUUCCUUCGUCUGAAAUGGGCGGAGCUCCGCCAGAGAAUGCUCGGCUACGAGUUGCUUUCUCAACAACAAGAAUUAGACAGAAUGGCUUUGGAGAAACAGUCACCAGUCGAGUCGCUGCCACUUCGCCGAAGUGAUGACCCGAUAAAACCAAAGAUUAUCGAUGUCAUUCAACCACAAGACGAUGAUAAUACAGUCAAAGUCUCUUCUUCAGAAGAGUCGAAUGAUGUUGCAAAACCAUUAAUGUUCAAUCAGUAUUCAAAUGAGCAAAACGAAAAGUUUGGCUUCUUGCAAGCACUGAUGGAUAAGAUCAGAAAACACGCAGAAAGUAUGGGAUUGAAGGGAGAUAUGCAAGUUCAUGUGGUUGAGGUGAAACCGUUGUACGGAGGAAAUAAGGAAAAUAACUUUGAUGAAACUGCGUCGUUCGAACAAAAUCUUGCUGAUGGAUUCGGUGAGUACGCGAUGCCACAUCAAGAUUUCGGAGGACCAAUCAAUGACGUUUAUGAUAAUAAUAAUGACCGUCUCACAUUCGACCGUCACGGAAUGAGACGUCCAUUCGGUCCAUUUAACAGAUUCGACGGACCCCCACAAAUUUACGAUGACUACUCAGAGCCCCAGGAUCAGCAACAAUUCCAAUGGAACAUGCCACCACCAUCACCACCACCACAAUUCGGUUUUCAACAACAACCAGCUAAUUGGUGGGGACCACCAAGAUCAAUGGAAGUUCAAACUAAUCAAUGGAAUGGAUUCCCGCAGGUUCCAGUUGGAGGACAACAACAAUUCCAGCAGCAGCAGGCACAGCCAUGGUACAUGCCUUAUAAUGAGAAUCAGGCACAAGUGAAUCAGAAUCAGAACCAGAAUCAAAAUCAAGAUCCAUUCAAACAACUGAGCAACGUGUGGCAGCAAAAUGAUGACUGGAUGAUUAAAAAUCAUGAGAAUCAAAUGCAAAAUCAAGCGAUGCCAUUCCAACCGAAUCCAGCUGCAUCUCAAAAUGCCGAUUUCAAUGUUCCAAUGGAUGUGAUUUCCGACGACGCAGUAGCUCCACCAUCCACAGCAAUUUCUGCAGACAAGGAAAAAGCAUGGGCUCCACCAGCUUCAUCUGAGGAAAACGUCAUCUCCCCAGAUGCUAGCCUCGAGCCAAUCAACGACGGAAAAUUCCUUCCAAUUCGUUCGGACGAUAAGCCAAUCGAUUCCGCAGACGCUCACCUCUUCCAGAUUGAUGAUCCAUCGAGUUUCCGUCGUUAAGCUCCAUUUGUUUUGGUAAACAUACCAAUGUAAAUUAUUAUAAGACAUCUCCGGUUAGUUGGAGUGUUCGGCGUUUUUUGUGCCCCGAGAUCUCCUCAGUCAAUGUUCCUUAUGCUUCCCUCUUGUUUUUUUAUCACACACAAUUUACGAUGUCGUUGUUCGUUUUUUUCUAAACUUCGAAAUUCCAAUCAUUUUAAUAAAUGUUUAUCAAAAAA